AUCCCUUGCAACACCAGGAACAGAGAACGCACUUUCCUGGGGAAGUUGCAAUCUGCAGCACUAAGAACUGCCUGUACCUCAUGUGUCUCUCAGCACAAUGGCAUCAAUGGGAACUUGGACCAUGGCCCUUAACUACAAGUGUCUUCUCUUAAUGCUGCUGGGUUCGGGCUGGCCAGGUCUGGGGAAUCCCAGUGUGAAAGAAACUCGGCUCAGAGAGCACUAUAUAGUAGCUCAGGUCACAAACUGGAGCUACAGUUCCCAGCCUGAGCAGCUGUCCAGUUUACCAAAAUCAGAUCCUCAGUUUAAGAAAAUUAUCUACAGUGAGUAUGAAGCAGAUUUCAAAAAAGAAAAACCAAGAAAUGCUCUCUCAGGGCUGCUGGGGCCAACACUACGUGCUGAAGUGGGUGAUACACUCAUCAUUCAUUUUAAGAACCUGGCUAACAAACCGCUGAGCAUUCACCCGCAAGGCAUAAUGUACAACACACGGUCAGAGGGUUCCCCAUAUUCUGACAAAUCGUUGGCUAUCAAAAAACUGGAUGGUGCUGUGCCUUCUGGACAAACGUAUAAAUACGUGUGGGAGAUCACAGCAGGAACUGGUCCUCGAGAGGCUGAUCCUCCCUGUCUCACCUAUGCCUACUACUCACAUGAAAACCUGGUGCAAGACUUCAAUUCUGGCCUUAUUGGUGCCUUGCUGAUAUGUAAAAAUGGAAGCUUGAAUGAAAAUGGAACACAGAAACUAUUUGACAGGGAAUAUGUGCUGAUGUUUGCUGUGUUUGAUGAAAGCAAAAGCUGGCAAAAAUUUGCCUCCCUCAUGUACACAAUCAAUGGUUAUGCUAAUGGAACACUACCAGAUGUACAGGCCUGUGCUUAUGAUCGCAUCAGUUGGCAUUUGAUAGGGAUGAGUUCUGCCCCUGAGAUCUUCUCCGUCCAUUUCAAUGGACAAACCUUGGAACAAAACCACUAUAAAGUGUCAACUGUCAACCUUGUUGCAGGUGCAUCAGCAACAGCAAAUAUGUCUGUGAGCAGGACGGGAAAGUGGCUCAUAUCUUCUCUUAUUGAAAAGCAUCUGGAAGCUGGAAUGCAUGGUUACCUCAACAUAGAAGACUGUGGAAAACCAGACACUUUAACGAGGAAAUUAUCCUAUAAAGAGUUGCGGAUGGUUAAGAACUGGGAUUAUUUCAUUGCUGCUGAAGAAGUGAUCUGGGAUUAUGCUCAGGAAAUUCCUGACACUGUUGAUAGAAAAUAUAAAGCUCAAUAUCUGGAAAAUUUUUCAAAUCUCAUUGGCAAUAAGUACAAAAAGGCUGUCUUCAGACAAUAUAAAGACGCCAGCUUCAGCAAACGCACAGAAACUGUAUCGUCCAAAGAACGUGGAAUUCUGGGCCCUGUUAUCAGAGCUGAGGUCAGGGAUCAGAUAAAGAUUGUAUUCAAAAAUAUGGCCAGUCAACCUUACAGUAUUUAUGUGCAUGGAGUGACACUUUCAAAGGAGGCUGAAGGAGUUAUUUAUCCUUCAGAUUCUAAAGAGAACAGCACUCAGGGUAAAGCAGUCCAACCAGGGGAAACUUACACAUAUCAUUGGACUGUACUUGACACGGAUGAACCUACAACUAAGGAUGCUCAGUGUAUCACCAGAUUAUAUCAUAGUGCUGUGGAUGUGACAAGGGAUAUUGCCUCUGGACUGAUUGGACCCCUUCUGGUUUGUAAACGCAAGGCACUCAACAAGAAGGGGAUACAGAACAAGGCUGAUGUCGAGCAACAUGCUGUCUUUGCAGUGUUUGAUGAAAAUAAGAGCUGGUAUUUGGAGGACAAUAUCAAAAGAUACUGCAGCAAUCCUUCUACUGUUAAGACAGAUGACCCCAAAUUUUACAAGUCUAAUGUUAUGCACACUCUCAAUGGUUAUGCAUCUGAUAGAACAGAGAUCCUGGGAUUUUGUCAGGCUGAAAUUGUUGAGUGGCACCUCACCAGUAUAGGCACACAGAAUGAGAUAGUGCCUGUUCAUCUUUCUGGUCACACUUUCCUGAACAGAGAACAAAAUCAAGAUAUCCUACAUCUUUUCCCCAUGAGUGGUGAAUCGGCUACAGUGACCAUGGACAAUAUUGGAACCUGGCUUUUAUCAUCAUGGGGCUCCCGUGAGAGGAGCAAUGGCAUGAGACUAAGGUUUAGAGAUGCCAAAUGUGAUUUUGAUAACACUGAAGAUUAUGAUGCUGAAGUUGUCACAUUUUCAUCUGAGAAAACUGAAUCAGUAAAACCAAAGAAAGAGAAAGAAGACAGAGAUGCAAUAGAAGGAAAUGUCAUGGAUUACUAUGAUUUUGAAACUGAUUAUGAUCAUGAAGAACAAGAUAUGUAUGCUUCGAUGCUGGGACUUCGAACACGUAAAGAAUCAGUUGUUGAGGAAGAAGCACUGAAUUUCAGUGCUCUUGCAAUACAAGAAGACACUUACAGCAUCAACAAUACAAGUGAGGGUAAUGUAACUGUGAACUCACAUCUGGUGAUAAGAAAUAGUAAUAAUUCUUUGGAUGGAGAUCAAGUGUUGAAAAGUCAAAGUACCACUUCUUAUCCAUCUGCAACUGACUCCAUCCAUUCUCAUUACACAUCUUUGGCAAGAGAGAUUUUGUUUGCAAAUAUUACUGCAGCAGUUAGCACUGUAUCAUCUGAACAAGGUAAACGUGACCGUAAAGAAAAUGCUACUCAGAUCUCUGAUAGUUAUAGCCAAACAUUUGAAACUGACUCCUUGGAAAUGAAUGUGGGAGUCCAGAGCAAAGACGAAGCAGAAUUACCAGUUGACAGAGAGAAUGGCAUCAAGGCCACCUUUGCAGUUCCCGCCACUGAGAAGGAGCAAGAAGAAAAUGCAGGUGGAAAUGCAGGUGGAAAGAGUGGACGAGUUCUGACAGAGGCAAUAUUGCAUGCCCUUAAAGAGAUGUGUGCGCUGCUGGUCCAUGUACAACAAAAAAGAAAUAUUUCUGCUUUAGGCAACACCACUUCAGAUAUUGCAUUUCUUGCCAUUCCUAGGGCAGAAAAUGCCUCCAGCUUAGAUAACUUGGAAACUAGUAGCCUUUCACAUGAUCUUUAUGAUUAUGAGGCUGAAGAGGAAGCAGAUGCUGAAUCUUCAGUGCUUUCAACAAAUUUAACUUUGGCUGUGGCAGAAACAGGGGAAGACAAUGGUUCUGAACCACUCAAUGUUUCGGAACUAGAGUUGUUGGAAGGCGAACAGGAUGAUGAUAUGACGUCUGAGGGUGUGUUAGACAGCUCAGCUUCAAUUCUCAUUUCAAACUCCAUAGAGAAUUUGAAAGAUUCCCAUCACCAGAGACAGAAGUGUCCACCUAAAAAGACAGAUUCUGAAUGGAAUGUUGUCUCUGAGAAGCAGAGCUAUGACACAGAAGAUCUCACUAAGGCUAUUGACAAUACAUUACAGAACAGCUCCAGAAAUAUCACAAUGUAUCCAGAAAAUAAGAGAAAGCAGGAGACAUAUAAAAGUGAUUCCCAGCUUCAGUUAGGCCAGCUAGAAAUGAGUAACAAGCAGGAAGCCCUGAAUGAAGAAUUAAAUGAGAAUUGUACUCUCAGUACAUCUGGAACUUUCCUGAAGGCCCGACGAAAGAACAAAAAGCCAAGAGUCUUAACACCAAGAACCUCAAAGCCUCUAAUAUCACCUAGAGGAUUUGGCAAACCCCAAGCCUCCAUUAAGCUCAACCACACAAUGCUGCUGAACGAGGCCAAUGAUACUCUGACACCAAAACAGGAUAAACCAAUAGUCACAAUAGGUCUUCCAAGUGAAGAUGGAGACUAUGAGGAAUAUUACAUAGACAAAACAGACGAUGAAGAUAGCAGCAGUGGCUCACUUGAAUAUCAGGUAGUACAGUAUGACGACCCAUAUAUAACAGAUUCCCGAUUUGACAGUACUAAUGCACGUAACCCUGAUGCCAUAGCUGGGGUUUACCUACGUACCAGCAACAAUGCAAACAUGAGGAGAUACUACAUUGCAGCUGAAGAGGUUUUGUGGGACUACGCAGCACUGAGAAAAAGUACAGUGAAGAGUAGCCCAGCCAGAGCAGUGUACAAAAAAGUGAUUUUCCGAAGUUAUCAAGAUGAUACUUUCAGGGUACCUGAAGCUGGAGGGGAAUAUGAAGAGCACCUUGGCAUCCUAGGUCCCGUCAUUAGAGCUGAGGUGGAUGAUGUCAUCCAAGUUCAGUUUAAAAAUCUGGCCUCCAGACCGUAUUCUCUCCAUGCCCAUGGGCUUUAUUAUGAGAAAUCUUCUGAGGGUAGAAGCUAUGAUGAUCAGUCUCCAGAAUGGUUUAAAAAGGAUGAUGCAAUCAUGCCAAAUGGCACUUAUACUUAUGUCUGGUAUGCAACCCCACGGUCAGGACCUGCACAAGAUCAGAGAACAUGUAGAUCCUGGGCCUAUUACUCAGCUGUAAACCCGGAAAAAGAUAUUCACUCUGGUUUGAUCGGGCCAAUCUUGAUCUGUCAAAAAGGAAUGCUUGACAAGUUUAACAGGCCAAUAGACAUUCGUGAAUUUGUGCUGCUUUUUAUGGUCUUUGAUGAGGAGAAAAGCUGGUACUUCAAUAAAUAUGACAAAAAUACUCAUGCUCAGAGAACCGCCAGAACCCAAAGGCACCAUACUUUUCCUGCUGUUAAUGGGAUCCUAUACCACUUGCAGGGGUUGCGGAUGUAUAAGGAUGAAAAGGUCCACUGGCAUUUGCUGAACAUGGGUGGGCCAAAAGACAUUCACGUUAUUAAUUUUCAUGGUCAGACAUUCACAGAACAAGGAAUGGAAGGUCAUCAACUUGGUGUCUAUCCUCUUCUUCCUGGUUCAUUCAGCACUGUUGAAAUGAAACCAUCAAAAGCUGGUGUGUGGCUUUUAACAACAGAAGUUGGUGAAUAUCGGGAAGCAGGAAUGCAGGCCUCCUUUACUGUUAUUGAUGCAGAAUGCAAGUUACCCAUGGGUCUAGCAACUGGCAUUAUAAAAGACUCACAAAUCCAUGCUUCCGGUCACAUGGGAUACUGGGAGCCUAAACUGGCACGAUUAAACAAUGGUGGAAAAUACAAUGCUUGGAGCAUUGGGAAGAAAGAAAAUGAACAUCCCUGGAUCCAGGUGGACCUACAAAGUCAAGUUCUGAUCACAGGUAUUCAGACCCAGGGAGCCAAGCAGUUAGUGAAUUCCUUGUAUACAAUGGAGUACGUUAUUGCCUACAGCAAAGAUGGGAGAAAGUGGGUUGCUUUUAAAGGGAAUCACAAAGGGCCAAAGAAGCAUUUUGAAGGAAAUUCAGAUGCCCACACAAUAAAAGAAAACCACAUUGAUCCUCCUAUUGUUGCUCGGUAUAUUAGGGUGUAUCCAACCAAGUUCUAUAACAGGCCUACUCUUCGUAUGGAACUCCUGGGUUGUCUAACAGAGGAUUGCUUUACGCCACUGGGAAUGGAAAGCGGGACUAUCAAGAAUGCACAGAUUACAGCCUCUUCUUAUAAGAAGACAUGGUGGAAUUCAUGGGAGCCAUUUCUUGCCCGCCUCAAUCUCAAAGGGCGGACAAAUGCCUGGCAAGCAAAGUCCAACAACAAUCAUCAAUGGCUACAGAUUGAUCUUCUUCAAACUAAGAAGAUAACAGGCAUCAUAACUCAAGGGGCUAAAGCAAUGUCUAGUGAAAUGUAUGUGAGGACAUUUUCCAUCCAUUACAGUGGUGAUAAUUCAGCAUGGAAAUCUUACAGGGAUGACUCGACUUCCAUGGAAAAGGUGUUCACAGGCAACAUUAACAGUGGUGGGCAGAUCAAGCACUACUUCAACCCACCCAUAUUUUCCCGAUUCCUUCGUGUCAUUCCUAAAACAUGGAAUCAGAGUAUUGCACUUCGGAUAGAACUCUUCGGAUGUGAUACUUUCUAGGGAAUGAAUAGAAUACUUUCAAAUAAAAAAAUCCAGAACUUUUAAGCUCUGUUUUAAAAGGGAAAACAAAAACAAACAACUCUUUUUAGCAUCCAAAGCACUUUCAGAUGUGGAUUGGAAAUAGCUUUGAAAAUUCAAUUAAAAAGGCAUUUCAUACCAGUUUAAGUAAUGUAAUUAUAUAAGACAAGAAAUUGUAUUUUCCAUUUUCACUAUGAAUAUACAAAUGUAUUAACAUUCUUGCCUUUGCCUCUCUGCAUUUCCCACCUAAUACAAAUCACUGGCUUUCAUACUUUUGUUGCAGCUAGAUUGCUUGUGAAGUUAUGUAGAGAAAAUAUUGGAUCAACUUGUAAAUAACAGCAAUAUCAGCAGUUAUUGGUUCAGAGGCAUCAAUUCUUAUUCCAGUGGUGCCUCUCUUUACCUUACAGAGCAAUCCAAACCCCUGACCCGCUGUCUUGGAGGGAGUUUGGAUAAGGCAGAAGUGUCUCUCCACCCAGCCCUGCCAGUUCUGAUGCCUCCAGAGGGGAAACCCUGCCACCAGAGGGAAGAGCCCUUCUGCUGAGAACACAUCUUACUUUUCCCAUGAAACUGAGGUAGAAGUUGGAUCCAGUAGAAUUAAUCUCAGCCUUGAAAAGCUCUUGGAGCUGAAAAUGGACGUAAAACAUGGCAUUAUUAUCCCCAAUUCACAUUUAAUAUGCAAAUAUAAUUAAAAUAUAUCCUUAAUUCUCCCAAG